CUCGGCUUAAGCAUGGAAUUCACAUUGCUUUGAUUUUGCACGGCUCGUCCUUGGACGACUGGCCAAGAACGAGGGCAGGAGCUAUAUCUCCUCAACAUCCGUCUCAUACAGAAACUCGGAGACGGACAUCAUGAUGGCGAUACGGAAGCUGCUUUUGGUCGCCUUCCAAAUGGGAAGCGCUUCUCCCAAUACAGACGAGAACUCCAGAUGGAACGUGAAUGUCGAACGGAGCCACGUACCAGAAAAAUACUAUGGGAAGUGGGAAGGCCAUAGCUACUUCCCAUCGCCUGCGGACUGGAGGGCCUUAUCCAUUUACCAACUCGUCACGGACCGUUUUGCUGACGGGGAUCCGAGGAACAACGAAGCGCUCGAAGGAGGCUUCGACGUGAGGGACAUGGCCUUCAGGCAUGGAGGCGACUUCGUGGGCCUCAGAGAAAAGCUUGACUACAUCAAAGGUCUGGGAUGUCAGGCCAUUUGGAUUUCACCGAUUUUCCAGAAUGGGUUCAACUUCUACCAUCAGUACGCACAACACGACUUCACUUUGAUAGAUCGUCGGCUGGGUACUUUGGAGGAGCUUCGAGCCUUGACCCAGGCCGCCCACGAACGGGGUAUGUAUAUCCUCGUGGAUGUGGUGAUGAAUCACAUGGGCAACGAGUUCUUCUUCGAGGGACACUCAAGCGACACUGCGCCUUUCCGCUUUCAUGAAAUCGGUGGCCUUCGAGAGUAUAGGCUUAUCCCUCGAAGAAGCAGCCGUGAGCUCUAUGACACUCCAGUCGGGAAGCAGCCCUACAUGGACUUCUGGUACAAUAACACCUGGGUGGCCGAGGCCCAGUAUGCUAGCCCCUUCUAUGGUCAAUAUGGCGAGGCUGCCUGGGACCAGGGUCGAGGAACCUACGAAAGCUCCGAUUUUCAUCACAACGGUGACUUGCAGAACUAUGCAGACCCAUGGGAGAUCAAUGUCGCCAAGAUCUAUGGAACCAUGGAUGACUUGAGAUUGGAGAGCCGGCGGGUUCAGGAGAAAUACUUGGCCAUGACCGAAGCGCUGAUUGCAAGUGUGGAUGUGGAUGGCUUCCGUGUAGACACUCCCAUGCAGGUACCGUUGCCCUUCUACAAGCACUGGGCUCCUGCGAUCCGAAGAUAUGCCAAGUCCUUGGGCAAGGAACAUUUUGGCAUCUUCGGGGAGUUCUACGUCACCACGGAGCGCUACGCCACCAUGACAGGCCGUGGGCGGGACAACACGAUGUAUGGCCAAGAACGCUUCAUUCCUGGCGAAGCUACCCUGAAGGGUGGAAUCGUGUAUCCAUACUACUGGUACACCUUCACCGCCCUUGUCUACAAGAGACCAGAGUUUGCAAGCGGCUUUGCUCUGGCCUACAAGGAGGAGAAUCGCAUGAUUGACACCUUUGAUCCCACCACUUCGCGCUCAGAAUAUGCACAAUGGAUCUUCUGCAACAACCAUGACAACUGGCGCUUGCAAGCAUUGACUGGCCAGGAACAAUUGAAGAUGUGUUUGGCCGUGAUCACCUUUUGGCCAGGUUUGCCCCUGCACUAUGCCGGUGACGAGCAGAGUAUUGAUACGCCUGGAAGUGCUUUAGAUGGCUGGGCUCGUGAAGAGCUCAGCACCUCCUUAGCCUGGACUGCAGUCAAGACGUCCCAGGAUGGCAACCCUGCAGAGCGCGACAACUUUGACAUGACCUCCUCCAACUAUCGCUACAUCGCACGGCUCAAUGCCCUGCGCCGGGCGUAUUUCGGCGCUUUCGGGCAGGCCUCCUGCGAUGAGGUGAAGACCCCUCAACCUGAAGUGCAGGACUUGCUGAUUUUCUGGCGAGGAUGUGAUGUGGAAGGCCGAGUGCUUGUAGCUGCUAACUUCCACUCUGAGGAGGCCAGGACGGCAGCAUUCUACUCUCCAUGGAGUGAGGGCACACGGCUGCUGGAUGCCCGC